AUGCGACCAAAGAUACCUCAAAAGUCGGAGCAGCAGGUCCAAGUGUCCUACCACCAAGAGGCUACUACUCUUUUACAAUAUUUGGGGAAAGACCAGCAUCCUGAUUAUGGAAUUGGUGCAGUGUCAGGUAGCAUCUACGAUACCGCUUGGGUGUCAAUGGUAAAGAAACCGGUGACAGGUCGUGAGACGGUUUGGACUUUCAUUGAAUGUUUCAAGUUUCUAUCAGAAGCCCAGUGUGAGGAUGGCGGAUGGGAUGCAGAUGCGGUACUUUUUGACCGUAUUGCCUGUACACUUGCUGGUCUCCUGGCGCUCAAAAAACACCUGAACGAAGAGAAGGAUCACACGAGUCGUCAAGCAUUGGACAAGAAAAUAUCUAGGGCUACACAUUUUCUGCGUCAAGCUCUUCCUAAAUUACCAGCUGCAGUCGCAUAUGAGCUUCCGAUCGGCGCUGAACUGUGGCUACCAAAAAUGUUGGAGCUUAUUGAGGAAGAAGGCAUCCAUCUCGACAAUGCAGCCGUGCUCGCUUGGAUUUUGCCAGCUCGGGACAAGAGGAUUUCCCGAUUCCCGAUAGAAAGCCUUUAUAAAAAGGGAUUUACUUCCGUUGCACACUCCCUGGAGGGGCUUAUUGGGUACGCAGACUUUAACCGGGUCUCUAUGCUCAAAACAUGUGGCAGCAUGAUGGGCUCUCCGUCAGCAACGGCCGCGUAUCUCAUUCACAGCGAGAAUUGGGAUGCAGAUGCAGAGGCAUAUAUCCGCCGUGCGCUCAAUUCUCCGCAUGCGGGUCAAAAUGGCGGCGUGCCUUCAACAUAUCCGACGACUGCGUUUGAAUCCUCAUGGGUUCUCGUCACUCUUUUGAAAAACAAUGUCCCUCUUGGCAAGGAAACAGAGCCAUUGGUGAAUAAUAUUGGACUCAAAGUAAAUAACAUGUUAAAAGCACAGGAUGAGGUAGUCGGAUUUGCACCGGGAAUGUGCGUGGACGCCGAUGACACCGCGAAAGCAUUAUUGCUCCUGAGACUGUUGGGAUUCCCAGCAUGUCCAGAUUCUUUAAUCAGCAAAUUCGAAUCACACGAUCAUUUUCUGACCUUUGGAAUCGAGCGAAACCCAAGCAUCAGCACUAACGCUCAUGUCCUAAUGGCCCUCCUUCACAUGGAAAAUAAUAGCAGAUACAUUUUCCAGAUAGAGAAGUGUGUUCGGUUCUUGUGUCAUGCGUGGUGGGAGUCGGAUGGCUUUCUUCAAGAUAAAUGGAACAUAUCUCCCUACUAUCCCGUUAUGUUAACAUGUGAAGGAAUAGUGGACUAUAUACACAAAUGGGACAGCGACGCUUUUGCUACAUCCAGCAGCACUGGCCUUGAUGCCCGAGUUCCGCUGGUUGUUCACCAAGCGUUGACUAAGCUCCUCCGAACCCAGAAUGCUGACGGAUCCUGGGGACCGCGAUCCAGCCUUGAAGAGACGUCGUAUGCAACAUUGGCCAUAAAGAGACUCCUGACACUACCUUUCAGAGAUGCAUCCUUAACUGCCAUUGAACAAGCAGAGUCGUACCUACGAUACACAUACAGUCGUGGUUACAUUUCAAUCAGAGAACGGCUCUGGAUUGACAAAACCCUUUAUAGCAUUGAAACAGUUUCAAGGUCUUAUAUCAUCUCCGCGACGCUAGCGCCGAUGCCCAAUAUCCAAGCCAGUGAGACAUUGGGCGGUCUGUUCAACAACCCAAGAUCUGUCAUCCAGAAGCAAGGAAACUUUCUGCGGACCCUCCCGUCAUUUUCCCACAUCCCGAGUUGGGUACUCGAGGCUUCCGUACGCGAGGGCUACAUGAUAAUCGAUGAGCUACGCGAAAUUGACUUCUUUUCACAACGGGCCAAACUCAGCGAAGAAUACCUCCUCUAUUGUGCGUCUUGUUUCGUGGCGAGCAACUACAAAGGUUCAUACUUCCUGAGUACAGGCUAUCUCUUGAUGGUACUUCGGAUCACAGUAGCGACAUACCAGCUUGACACGUUCGUGGACCACCAGGUGAUUAACUUCUCGUCGCUAGAGCUAGAUGAAUUAGAGGAUUUCAUACAGAAGAAAUUGCAUACCGGAAGGUGUUUGUCCACUGGACCUGAUGCAACCCAUGAACUCAAUGAGAGCAAUGGAGAACAGCACGCAAGAGUAAAGGAGGCAAAAGCAAUGUUCCUGUCCUUUAUGAACUUUGUGCUCACCGAUACCACCGACCCCGUGAGCACUUACAACAAGUGGAACCUGCGCAGUGAGCUGAGAUCUGCCUUACUCGCCCAGAUUGGCCAUAUUAGAAGUUCCAAGGGUCUAGUACAUGAGGGAGUGGACCUCCUCCAUGACCAAACCGGAAAGACAACCUUCUUUUCAUGGCUACGAGGGCCUGCCUCAGACAAUGUACUCUACCCUGUCAUCCUCAAAUAUAUGGUUUUCCACAUGGCAUUGAGUCAAGUGCAGCAAGAUGAUGAUGUGUUCCGGACCCCAGAAGAACAAUACAUCGUUGAGGAUUUCUGCAGGCAUGCUGCUGAUGAGGUCCGGCUCUGGAAUGACUAUGGCAGCAUUGAGAGAGAUAAAGCUGAGGGUGUUUUAAAUUCAAUCGAUGUUUUGAACUUAUCAUGUUCACGCUCUUCAGCUAACGGGAUCACGGGCGACAAAUGUGACAGACCUUGCAAGGUCGUAUCUCUCAAGAAGAUGGCACAUUACGAAAACAGACAUGUUCGACUUUGUUUAGAGCAGCUGGAGACGCUGUUGCAAGAAAAUGAUGCACAUCGAGCGUCUAGUAUAAUGUCACGGCUCCAUAUGCAUGCGACGGUGACUCAAGUGUGGGCAGAGAUGUACUCCCUACGCCAGUUCAGUGCGGCGAGUCCUCAGUCUUCAUCCAAGAAAAGAGGGAUUACUGGGAGUGCCACCCUACCCCCACUUCGGCCAGCCUCGGGUGGAGGUGGAAGCGCUUAG